GCUAAGGAGCAGGCCAACUGAGAUGCCAAAAAUCAAUAUGCUCGGGAAAUCAAUUUUACGCGCGCUUCGUAUCCAACUUCAAAGCAACCACAACAAUAACAAUGCGCACGUGAGGACGAGGGCUGUUCUCUCGCAUCCUGUGGGUAGCACCCUCUCUCUCUUGCUCUCUCUCUCUCUCUGUGCCCAAGAGAGUCCUUUUGGUCCUGUCCCUUUGGCUGCCAUUUCAUUCGUUCGGUGGCCAGCAACGCGAAAGCUCGAAACGACGCGCUGCGCAGUUUUCCCAGCUCAAAAGUCCAAGUCGCACGGUUUUCCCCCCAGCGUUCUAAAUGAAGAGCAAUAACAAAUUAUUAAUUAACAACAAAUAACGAAUAUCCACGCUGCCCCCCGAAAGCCCGAACUUCUUGAUCCUGUUCAGCCAGCAAAGAGACUUACAGCAAAUACAAAUCAGGAGGAGAGCCAAGGCGCUGCCGGCCGCAGAGAUGGCCGCCGAAAACUAUCACCUCAAGUGGGACUCGCACCUCUCCUAUCUGAACUCUUCCAUAGCCACGCUCUACAAGAACGAGAAGUUCGCCGAUGUGGUCCUGUACAGCUCCUACAACAGCAGUGGAAUCCCCUCGGACAUACCCACGGUGGGCAUCUCGGCCCACAAGUUCAUCCUCAGUGCUUCGUCUCAGUUCUUCGCCACCAUGUUCGAAACGGCACCGAUCACAAAUCCCAACGGAGUGCUCUAUGUGGUCCUUCCGCCGGAUCUCAGCCACCGGGCCAUCCAGAUCCUGGUGCAGUACAUGUACAGCGGCGAGGCCACCGUUUCCAACGACAUACUCAACGAAGUGCUGCGCGGCGGCGAGAUCCUCAAGAUCCGCGGCCUGUGCCGCACCAGCUCUUCCAAUGGCGGUGGCUCCGGCUCCGUUGUGACCACAUCGCACCACCCGCAUCCGUUGGCCGGGCAUCUGCAUCCGCGGGAGGCGAGCGCCAUGUACAUGUCGAAUGGCACACGAUCCGCCUUGCAGCCUCCUCCGCCGCCGCCGCCGUCGGCGUCAUCCGCCAUGUCGGCCCAACUUCAGGGAGAUCUCUAUGCCAGCAAGCCGGGAGGAUCCACAAGAUUUGCUCUGGAUCAUCACCACCACCAACUGACGUCGCACCACAAUCACAUAAGCCACCAUCAUCAGCAGCAGCAGCAAUUCCGAGGCCUUGGGGUUUCCGUGAUGCCCAAGGACUCGCCCGUGAUCAUCAAAUCGCCCAAGAUGGCCGCCCACACGGGACUCCUUACGGUGGCCAGCAGCAGCAAGCUGGGCAUAUCGGUCAACAAGGAGGUGGCCAUCGAUCCGGAAGACAAGUGCUGCUUUGCGGCUCCCGGGCAGGUUGAAGCCCAGUCACAUCCACCGCCAUCCACCUCAACCACAGCAACGGGCGGCGGUGGAGGAGGAGGAGGAGGAGCAGGUGCCCCGCCAUCCCAGCCCAUUUCCAUUUGCACGGAGGUCGGCUGCAGCAGCUGUCCCAUGACCGCCGGACCAAGUGCCGAUCAGGCAGAGACCACCCUGCGAAGGACGGAGUACGAGGAGCAGACUCUGCGGGAACGGAACGAGGUGGGACUGGUCUUUGAGCGACGCCUGCGGAGGGAGAGCGCCUGCGAAAGAUCCCGUGACUACUAUGAACCGACCCACUUCGAGCACGUGGUGCCAUCCCGCCUGGCAGCCACACCACCGCCACCGCAGCAGCCAUCACAUCCGCCGACCCUGCGACAUCCGCACAACUUCCUGACCAUCAAGCAAGAGCCGACCGACUGGAGCAACAACCCACCAAAUGCCUCCAAUGCGUCCAACAACAACAACCUGGAGGAGGGGCCAUUGGCAUCGCCCAAACAGCCUCUGGACUUUAAGAUGUCCGCCGUAAAGCUGGAGGUCAAUAGGGACCGGGGAACACCCUCGGAGGAGAACGAGGAGCACACGCUGCGCGAUUACAACAACUUCAAGCAGCUGCUGGUCUGCGAGAUAUGCCAAAAGUCCUUCGAGGACACCAAGAUGCUGGUCCGCCACCUGGGCACACAUGCCGGCGAUCCGGCGGGCGGGACGGAGAGGAACCUCCUGCCAUCCAGUGCCAGCGGGAGUACGGCGACCGCCUCCAGCAAUCUCGCCCUGCGAACGGUCAAAACCUAUGUGCCAAAGAAACGACGCCGAGUUUCGCAACAGGAGAACAAUAUGGAUCACGAUCACGUCACCCUGCUCUGCGAUUUGUGCUCCACAUCCUUUGAUACGCCCGCGGAGUGGGUGCGUCAUAUGAACAGCCAGCACACGGAGAUCGAGUUGGCGAUGUUCAACAGCAAGAAGGACGGCGAGCAGAAGGGCCAGCAACGACAGCCGGCGACCAGCAGCUCUUCCACAGUGUCCACCAGCCAAAUGCAGCCAAAGUAUCCCAGUUCCACCGCCACUCGAUCGACGCAGUCGCUCAUGCUGCACAAGAUUAGCAACACUGAUGCAGUGGCCGCUGCAGCAACAUACCCAUCUCCCGGAGCAUCCACCACACCGAAUACCUAAGGAUCGUCAUCAUGGAUCCUUGGGUUUUAGAAGUAACGCCAACAUCAAAACCAAAUUGGCUCGAACUGGAUAAUCGCUGAAGAAUUCGCGUCAGCAACAUCAAAACACCAAUUUGUUCGAUAAAUUCAAGUCGUUCCAGUAAUCAAAAAGAGAGAGGGGUGUUUAUAAUGCAACAGCAAGAACCGUGAUCAAAAUGCAACCAGUUUGCAUAUUUUAUAGAGCAACAAACAAAAUACAAAAUCGCAAAAAAAUUAACGAAACUGUAAACGAAACUUAGAAUCGGAAUCGUCAGGCAACGAUGCAAAACAAAACAAUAUGGAAAAUUUGAAAACGAAAGCAAAAACAACAUUUAACUCAAGUGUGUAGAAUUUUUUUAAGUGUACGUAUUUACUUAGUUUUAGCUACUUACUCCCCAUGUAAUUACUGUAACAACAUCGCGCAAUUGAUACGAAAAAGAUAACUAUACAAUUUAAUCAUUUGAAGUGUACGAAUAAUUUGAAUCUUUUUUAUCAGCGGACAUUGACAAAAGAAAAUUUUUAAAUUAAUCUUUGAUUUUUUAAUACAAAUGAAAUUCGAAAAGGUU